AUGAAGUUCUCCGUUGCUGCUCUUGCUUUCGCCGCCGGCGCCUCUGCUACCUACCCUGGUGCAAGCGAGUCCGUUGCCUACCCCGUCUCCAGCGCCAGCGAGUCCGCCCCGGUCUCCAGCACUAGCGAAACUCCCUCGUACCCGGUUUCCAGCGCCGUCGUUAGCUCUUCUGCUUCCGUCUCUGUGCCUGCCUCGUACCCGGCUGUCAGCUCUUCGGCCUCGGUCUCUGUCCCCGUCCCUGUUUCGUACCCGGCCGGCAACGCUACCUCCGCUACUCAGUACACCACCGAGGUCGUUACCUCGUACGAGACCUACUGCCCCGGCCCCACUCAGAUCACCUACGGCACCAAGACCUACACCGUCACUGAGCCCACCACCCUGACCAUCACUGACUGCCCUUGCACCGUCAGCAAGCCUAUCCUCACUACCUCGUCAGUUGCCUGCGCUACUUGUGCUCCCGGUACCACUGGCCCGGCUCCUCCUACUUACCCUACUUCGGUCCCGGCUCCCCCCAGCUACCCUAACAACACCGUCCCCGUCAACACCCCCACCCAGGCCUACCCUACUGGUGGUGUUCCCGGUGUUUCCACCCCGUCCACCCCCAUCCCUACUGCGGGUGCCGGUAAGGUUGCUGCCCUCUCCGGAGCCGGCCUCGCUGGUUUCCUCGGCCUUGCUGCCGCUCUUCUAUAA